UCGACGGAAUCAACAGCCGCCAUCUUGUCGCGGCUCGAAAUCUAGAGCACUAUUUUUUAUUUUUGGACACAGAGCAUCCAAAUCGAAGUGUACCGACUUAACAGCCGAAUAUGACACCUUUAAAUCGUCGCGAAGGAAUUUUUGGCGAAAAAUCCUGGAAUUAAUCGGUGUUCGUCGGCCACAAAACCCUCGUAUAUCUGAUUUCCCCUUCAGAGCGGCGCUUGCGUCCGUAUCUGCGCUCCGACCUGUGAUUGUUUACCGGACGCUUUGGGACGACAGACGGUGCCGAGGGGACGAUUUUGCAGAAAUAUCACAUUUUUAUGCAUUCGUGCAUUUUGACGCGGAUUCUAAGGAUUUUUUUGCACGGAAAAAAACUGACGUCAGAAAAUGGAUCGCGUGCCGAUGCAGAUUUAAAGACGCUCGCGCGCGCGAGGAUUCCCGUGGAUAUUUUAAUUGGGAUUUUAUGUUGAAUUCCAGGAAAGGAGGCGUUUUCUCUCGGUAAUCUAACGACGAUAAUGUGGGUGUUGGGUGUUGGAUUAUCAUGGGGUGAAUUGUGGUGGCGACGCGCGGCGCUGUUGCUGCUUUUUUGAACAAGAACCUCCGCCGAGGCGCGGCACACUCCCCGCGUCUUAGAAAAGUAAGGUAACAUCUGUUUGUUUGUUUUUUCCAAACGAAAGGAUCCCUCACUUUGAUUUUUCCCUACAAUAUCCGGCCAGAAGCAAAUCUUACAGUCGCAAUGGCUGAAAAUCUGCUCGAAGUUGGUCCUCCGAACGCGAAGCGAGCGAAGCUGACAGCACCUGCUCCUGACGCGCCAGAGUUGGGCUCACUUUCCUGGGAUGACCUGGAGAAUGAUCUUCCAGAUGAGCUGAUUCCUAACGGAGGAGACCUGGGGUUGAUGUCCAUGCCCUCUAACGGAGGUGCUACAGGUGCAGGCGGUCAUGGUCCCAUGGUACCCGACGCUGCUGCCAAGCACAAGCAGCUCUCGGAGCUCCUACGGCCGGGAAGCAGCGGCAACCUCACUGCUGGGCUGAACUCGGCCAGUCCACAGCCUGGGGGCAUGGCAGCUCAGCUGGGCGGGCUGGGAAAAAGUCCCCUGGGCCAGGGUUCCCCUUCCCACCCCUCACAAACACAGAAACCAGGUGGUGUUCCUGGAACACAGGGCAAUAACGCCGGCCCAGCUGGCAUAGGACUCAGCACAGGAUUUAACCAGACCAUGCUUAACAGCGCCCAGUCACACGGGAUGAUGGGACAGAACGCGGGCACUCAGCAGGGUCAGUUGGUCAAUGGAACUCUUGGGUCUGUAGGCCGCGGCCGGGGUGCAGCGGGGAUGCAGUACCAGGGUGGCGCCAUGCAAAUGGCACCUUCUGUAGGGGCAGGAGCAGUGGGGGCAACAGCACAAGGAGGAGCUGGCAGUGUCCUGGCAGAGACUCUCACACAGGGGGCACAGCAGAUGGGCAUCAACGCUCAACAGGCCGGCAACAUCAACAAGAUGGGCAUGGCAGGUGGCAAUAGUCCGUUUGGUCAGUAUCAGGGUGGAGGGCAACAAAUGGGCAUGACCAGUGUAAACUCUCAACUACAGAAUAAAGGCGCCCUGCCCAACAGCCUGCCCCCCUUCCCCACUGAUCUGAAGGGAGCCACGGCCACCAGCGUGCCAAAGGUGCCCCAGCAGCAGGUACCGGUGGGUAUGGUGGCAGGUCAGGGCGUGUCCGCGAGCCCCACGGCCGACCCGGAGAAGCGCAAGCUAAUCCAGCAGCAGCUGGUUCUACUGCUCCAUGCCCACAAGUGCCAGCGCCGCGAGCAGGCUAACGGCGAGAUGAGAGCCUGCGCGCUGCCACACUGCAGGACUAUGAAGAACGUCCUCAACCACAUGACACACUGUCAGGCUGGCAAAUCCUGCCAAGUGGCUCACUGUGCUUCAUCGAGGCAGAUCAUCUCUCACUGGAAAAACUGCACGAGGCACGACUGUCCCGUCUGCCUCCCGCUGAAGAACGCCAGUGACAAACGCAACCAGCCACCAAUGCUGAGUUCCCCCAGCGCAAGUCUGCAAACCUCCAUCGGAUCUGUUGGGACAGGGCAGCAGACAGCGCCCACUCUAAACAGCUCCACACCCAUCGACCCCAGCUCCAUGCAGCGGGCAUACGCUGCCCUCGGCCUCCCCUACAGCAACCAGACUCCCACACAGGCCCAAUCACCCGCACAGACGCAGGGCCCUGGGCAGCCUACUGCACAGACGCCACAGACCCAGCACCAGCAGCAGAUGAGAUCACUCAAUGCACUUGGGGGUAGUCAGAUGAACCUGAGUGGGGGUGCAAUAGGCGUACCGACAUCAGAACAAGCAAAGCUGCUCCCGGACGGCACCAUGCCAUCCACCCUUAACGCUAACAAUCAGCUGAUGUCGGACGGUCCUGCGAUAGGCAGCAUGGCUAAUAUGCCCACAGCGGCCCCUCUGUCAGCAAGCGGUGUGCGAAAGGCCUGGCACGAGCACGUCACUCAGGACCUCCGGAACCACCUUGUACACAAAUUGGUGCAGGCCAUCUUCCCCACACCAGACCCAGCUGCCCUGAAGGACCGCCGUAUGGAGAAUCUGGUGGCAUAUGCCCGGAAGGUGGAGGGGGAUAUGUACGAGUCUGCCAACAGCAGGGAUGAGUACUAUCACUUUCUGGCGGAGAAGAUCUAUAAGAUCCAGAAAGAGCUGGAGGAGAAGAGAAGGUCUCGAUUACAGAAGCAGAAUAUUAACCAGACAGCCAUGACACAACAGCCAACAGCCCUCAACCAGCCCAAUGUCAUGAGACCUCAGCCACAGAAUGGACCCGUGCCUAUACCCAAUGUGCCAAAUCAGAUCAUCAAUCGCAUGCAGGUGUCACAAGGGAUGAAUCCAUUCAGUGCAAUACCCAAUGUGCCGAUGUCUCCGGCUCCCAUGGCAACUCGUGCUGCUUCUCCUAUAAACCAUCCGCAACAGAUCAACAUGAACCAAGUCCCAACGAUGAACAUGUCACCCACACGAAUACCCCAGACGCAAGGCAUGCUAGGAGCCCACGGCAGGAACAUGGUGGCGCAGACAGCCAAUCAGACGCAGUUCAUGUCUCAGGCACAGUUCCCCGCCAACACCAGCGCCAUGAACGUCAACAUGGGCCAGCCCAACGCACAAGCGGCUGUUUCACAGCAGCAGCAGAACGCUAACCUCCCCCUGAAUGCACUUGGCCCCUUGGGCCCCCAGCUAGGAUGUCCCACACCACCUCAGGUUCCACUCCAUGCCACACCGCCCCCCAACGCCACCGCCAGCACCACUAACCUGCCAGCAGCACUGCAGCUGAGUCAGGCCUCCACACCCACCCCUGCCCCUGCUCAGGGCACCCCGCCUCACACGCAGUCCCAGACAGAGCUGCCCCUACCCGCUCAGCAGCACCCUGGAACACCGAGUGGUGAUAACCGAAUACCCACCCCAGCUUCAGCAGCCAGCACAGAGUUGCACUCCCAGCAUGCCAUGCCUGACGUGCCACCCAGCGAGACUAAAACAGAAGAGCAGGAUUAUGACAUGGGUAUCAAAACAGAGCCCAAGAUGGAGACGGAGGAUGAUACUGGCUCCCUAUUGGUCAAAAAAGAGGAACAGGAGGGCUUGGAGGCCAAGCAGGAGCCAAUGGAGAUGGAGGACAAGAAGACAGACACGAAAACUGAGAUCAAAGAGGACGACGAAGGCAGGAUAAAUGGCACAACGUCCUCUUCGCCAUCUCAGUCUCGCAGGAAAAUCUUUAAGCCAGAAGAGUUGAGACAAGCAUUGAUGCCCACUCUGGAGUCUCUGUACAGGCAGGAUCCCGAGUCUCUUCCAUUUCGUCAGCCUGUAGACCCGAUUCUUCUUGGCAUCCCUGACUACUUUGAUAUUGUUAAAAAUCCUAUAGACCUGUCCACUAUCAAAAGAAAGCUGGACACAGGUCAGUACCAGGAGCCCUGGCAGUAUGUAGACGACGUGUGGCUGAUGUUCAAUAACGCCUGGCUGUACAACAGGAAGACGUCACGCGUGUAUAAAUACUGCUCCAAACUAGCUGAAGUGUUCGAGCAGGAGAUCGACCCCGUCAUGCAGGGCCUCGGUUACUGUUGCGGAAGAAAGUAUGAAUUUUCUCCCCAGACGCUUUGCUGUUACGGCAAGCAACUGUGUACAAUACCACGAGAUGGCACUUAUUACAGCUAUCAGAACAGGUAUCAUUUCUGUGAGAAGUGCUUCAAUGAGAUUCAGGGAGACAGCGUGACGCUGGGAGAUGAUCCAGCUCAGCCACAGACCAUGAUCUCUAAAGACCAAUUUGAAAGGAAGAAGAACGACACGUUAGAUCCUGAGCCGUUUGUUGAAUGUAAAGAUUGUGGGCGGAAGAUGCAUCAGAUAUGUGUACUUCAUUAUGAUGUCAUUUGGCCUUCUGGCUUCAUAUGUGAUAACUGUUUGAAAAAGAGUGCAAAGUCGAGAAAAGAGAACAAGUUUUCGGCAAAAAGGUUGCCGACAACGCGGUUAGGCACGUACAUAGAGGAUCGGGUGAACAAGUACUUGAAGAGGCAGAACCAUCCAGAAGCCGGAGAAGUGUUUGUGCGAGUCGUAGCCAGUUCAGACAAAACGGUGGAGGUCAAACCUGGCAUGAAGGCCAGGUUUGUAGACACAGGAGAGAUGUGUGAGAGCUUCAACUACAGAACCAAAGCACUUUUCGCCUUUGAGGAGAUUGAUGGAGUGGACGUGUGUUUCUUCGGCAUGCACGUGCAAGAGUACGGCUCUGAUUGCCCUUUCCCUAACACCAGACGGGUAUACAUAUCGUACCUCGAUAGUAUUCACUUCUUCAGACCUCGCAUGCUGAGAACAGCAGUCUAUCACGAAAUCCUCAUUGGCUAUUUGGAAUACGUCAAGAAGCUUGGAUACGUUACUGCUCACAUCUGGGCGUGUCCACCUAGUGAAGGUGAUGACUAUAUCUUCCAUUGUCACCCUGCUGACCAGAAGAUCCCCAAACCUAAGCGCCUGCAGGAGUGGUACCGCAAAAUGCUGGACAAGGCCUUUGCUGAGCGGAUACUGCAGGACUACAAGGACAUCUUUAAGCAAGCCACAGAGGACCGUUUGACAAGUGCAAAUGAGCUUCCAUAUUUUGAGGGUGAUUUCUGGCCCAAUGUGCUGGAGGAGAGCAUCAAAGAGUUGGAACAAGAGGAAGAAGAAAGGAAGAAAGAGGAGAGCACGGCAGCCAUUGAAGCUCCUGAGGGCACACCUGUGGACAGUAAAAACGCAAAGAAAAAGAAUAACAAGAAAACGAAUAAGAAUAAAAGUAGUGUGAGCCGAGCCAAUAAGAAGAAACCUGGCAUGCCGAAUGUAGCCAAUGACCUUUCUCAGAAACUCUACGCCACCAUGGAGAAACACAAAGAGGUGUUUUUUGUAAUCCAUCUGCAAUCUGGGCCCAUGGUCAACACAUUACCGCCCAUCAUUGAUAACGAUCCCCUCCUGACCUGUGACCUAAUGGACGGAAGGGACGCCUUCCUGACAUUAGCACGGGAUAAGCACUGGGAGUUCAGCUCUCUACGGCGCUGCAAGUGGAGCACCAUGUGCAUGCUUGUGGAAUUGCACAACCAGGGCCAGGACCGCUUCGUCUACACCUGCAAUGAAUGUAAACACCAUGUCGAGACACGCUGGCACUGCACUGUCUGUGAGGACUUUGAUCUGUGCAUUAGUUGCUACAACAGUAAGGGCCAUGAGCACCCGAUGGUUAAGUGGGGUCUGGGUCUGGACGAUGACAGCAACAGCCAAAGUGGCGAAGCCUCCAAGAGUCCUCAGGAGAGUCGGCGUCUAAGCAUCCAGCGUUGCAUCCAGUCUCUGGUGCACGCUUGCCAGUGCCGCAAUGCCAACUGCUCCCUGCCUUCUUGUCAGAAGAUGAAGCGUGUGGUGCAGCACACCAAAGGCUGCAAGCGUAAGACGAAUGGCGGCUGCCCGGUGUGUAAGCAGCUCAUUGCUCUCUGCUGCUACCAUGCUAAGCACUGUCAGGAGAACAAGUGCCCUGUUCCCUUCUGCCUCAAUAUCAAGCACAAGCUACGUCAGCAGCAGUUGCAACACAGACUGCAGCAGGCGCAGAUGAUGCGAAGACGCAUGGCCACUAUGCAGGGACGAGCCAUGCCUCAGAGCCUACCGUCGCCCCCUGUGUCAACAGCCCCCAGCACACCCACCUCUCAUCAGCAGCCCAACACGCCCCAAACGCCUCAACCACUAUCCAACCAGCCUGCCACGCCCAAUGCAGGCGUCAUGUCCCCCACCUAUCCCAGCGCACCCCGAAACGGGCAGCCCACUCCGCAGGCAUCACAGGGUAAACCAGGCCCGCAGGCUUCCCCAAUACAACAACAGCAGUCUCCGCUCCCCCAACCUCCCCAGCAGCAGUCACCACAACAACCUCCUCAGCAGCAGACUCCGCCACUGGCUGCGGUCAAAAUGGCACAGCACAUAGAGAUGGUCGCACAGGCACAACAUAAUCAGAACUACCGCAUGACCAUGAAUGGUCUAACCAUAAACCACCAGCAGCCACGCAUGCCAGGCCCCAUGCAGCCGCCGAUGCAGCUUGUUGGGCCACGUGGGCAGCAGGUCAUGCAGCAGAUGCCACAAGGACAGUGGCCUGGAGGUCCUCAGGCAGGCAUGCAAGCGGCUCAGCAGCAGGUUGCUCCGCAGCAGACUGUACAGGGGCCGCAGCAGACCAUGCCUUUGCAGAGACCCAUGAUGCAGCAGCAACCGCCACAGCAACGUAUGAUGGUAACCACACAGGGCCAACGACCUCAAGCACCCCCAAGACCCGGAGCCAUCGCCCCCAAUGCAUUGCAGGACCUGCUACGCACCCUGAAGUCGCCCAGCUCGCCCCAACAACAACAGCAAGUCCUAAACAUCCUCAAAUCCAACCCACAACUUAUGGCUGCCUUCAUCAAACAGAGGACAGCGAAAUAUCAUGCUAACCAGCCACAGCAGCAGCAGCAACAACAGCAGCCACAGCAGGGUAUGCAUGUGGUGCAGCCUGCAAUGCAGGGAAUGGCAGCCAUGCAGGGAGUGUCACGGCCUGGCAUGGCCCCCCAGCAGCAACCGCAGCAGCCUACGCCGCAGGGCAUGGCAACUCUUGGUCAGAAUCAGCUCAUAAACCCUGCACACGCCAACAGCCCGCAGCUACAGGAGAUAUACCGCCGUCAGCUUUUACGGCAGCAGCAACAACAGCAGCAGCAGGGAGUGAUGCCGCAGGCACAUGGUCAGUUCCCACAGGCUCAAGGGGCUGCAACCAACUACUCGCAACUACGUAUGCAGCAGCAGCUGGCCAUGCAGGGAGCAGGUGGGCCCAUGGGCCAGCAGGCUCCCAUGGCACAGAUGGGGCAGACCGGGAUUAAUAUGGAUGGCACAUCCAACCUCCUCCAUCAACGCAUGCUCCAGCAGCAGCUUCCGCAACCGCAGACCGUCCUCAAGCCUCAAAUGGGCUCGCCAGCGCAACCAAGUCCCAUGAGCCCACAAGCUCACCUGCUUUCCGGCCAGCCGCAGGGCGCACACCCGCCUGGCCAGCCCAUGGCUAACGCACUCAGCAAUCAGGUGUGCUCGCCAGCACCAGUGCAGUCACCAAGACCACCGUCACAACAACCUCCUCCACAUUCCAGCCCUUCCCCUCAGAUUCAGCCACAGCCAUCGCCACAGCAUGCGCCACCCCACACAGGAUCACCACACCCUGGCCUUGCAAACCCCAUGCCUGGCUCUAUGGAGCAAGGACACCUGGGCACACCAGAGCAGAGUGCCAUGCUCCCGCAGCUUAAUACACCUAACCGUGGAGUGCUGCCCAGUGACUUAGGUAUGGUGGGAGACACAACAGGAGACACGCUGGAGAAAUUUGUGGAGGGAUUGUAGCAUUUUCUGGGAGACUCCACCCACCACAGUCUCCCUGUUCCUCUUUUUUGUGGCUCUGUUGGUUUUUCUCAAAUAGUCUCAAAUUUUUGUACUGACAUGUAAAAAGUUUGAUGAAAUGAAAGAAAAAAAAAUUUAAGUCAACAAGAAUAGGGAAUGUUGAUGUUUACUAAAAAAAAAAAAGACUGAAAUUUCUUCCUUUUAAGAGGGAUUUGAAAAUUGUUGUUUAAAAGAAAUAUAAAUCACAAAGAAUAUAUUUUUUGUUCAGUUUAGACCCAUACGGGGUCAGUGUUUUGUUUUAAAAUUUUGGGAUUGUGUUUUUUUUUUUUUGUUUGGGGGGGGGGGGGGGGGUCUGGUUUCAUGCCCUUUCUUUUUAAGAAAAUUUACAACACUUCAUUAUAUUAUUCAUACCUUUUAUUUUAUACCUUAUCUAACUUUACAGCAUUUUUGUUUUGGAAAACUGUAAAAUAAUUUGUCUGGGAGUUUUGGCCAGAGUUUCUCUGCUCUGUCAUCCUUCCUGGCAAUUGUAUUCUAGUGUUGUACCAUUUUUUCAGACAUACAUUUGGAGUGAUCGCCUCCUGUCCUCAUUGUGAAUGUUUGUAUUGAUAGGAACUGUGCAUACGCAUGUAUGCAGACACGCAGACGCACACAUAUGCAUCACUCAGACAACACAACACCGACCCCAAGAGGACAUGUACACAUUUACAACAUCUCACUGGCCUGGAUCCAGAGGUUCUGUCUUGCAGAUGUAGAAAAUUGUUGCUUUUUGUCCUAAUUUUGUCAUACAGAUAUAUAAAUAUAAAGAGAGAUAGAGAAAGUGGGAGAGAGUGGGGCCCCUAAGCUGAGUGGGAGGAAACAGGUGAUCAGUUGGUUGACUGCUUGUUGGAACACCGAAUGGGUUUUGUUAUCGACCCUCAUUCCUCUAACACAAACUUGAACAGGGGCUCUACUGUUUCCCUUAAUGUAAAUCAAGUUAUUAAGCAAAAUACUAUAAGGAAGAGCGAAUGGAAUCACUGUAUAAACUGGUUGAGAAACGUAUUUCUUAUAUACCAUAUUGUUAAAUAAACUGUGUGCAACAGAUCAAAGUCA